CUCCCCGCCCCGUUGUUCCCUCCCGACGUCAAUAUAUAUUUAUUCCCCCCUUUUUUUUUCCCCUUUCGAUCCUUUCUUGGAAGCGAAAUCCGAUGCGGACGAAAUGGGGCUUUUACACUUUAAUGAUGCAGUGGGAUUCGUUUCAGGGUUGUGUUGCAUGAUCUGAAUUUUGAAUGAAGGAGAAGGACAUUUUUAAAGAUAUAAAAGCUUACAUCCAUCUACAUGCGGUAAAAUCGGUGUCAGGCAGUCCUGGUGGGAUUUCAGAGUGAUUGUUAUCACUGAAGUGUCAGAAGAAGCAAUCUAUUUUUCCUUAUUAAGCAUAGUAGAAGAUUUUUCUUUAUUUUCUUAAAUUAAAAAAUUAUAUAUGCGCCUAUAUAUGUACAUAUAUAUAUACACACGCUCACACACGUAGUGUUUAUCUGUGUGUGCCUGAAACUUCCCCGAGCUCAGCCUCAGGCUGGGAGCCGAGGUGGGCUGUAAAUAAGGCACCACCAGCUCUUGACACUUGGUAAGAAUACCGCAGGCUUCUUUUCAAACAACACCUUGAAAAGCUGGUUUUCGGAUUUUUUUUUUUUUUUUUUUUGGACGAAGUAAUAAUAAUAAUUAAAAAGGAAACCCCAUUGCAAACUGAAACAACCAUGUCUGGAGAAGUGCGUCUGAAGCAGUUGGAGCAGUUUAUUUUGGAUGGGCCAACUCAGACUAAUGGGCAGUGCUUCAGCGUAGAAACCUUGCUGGAUAUACUCAUCUGCCUGUACGAUGAAUGUAACAAUUCCCCUCUGAGAAGAGAGAAGAACAUCCUCGAGUAUCUAGAAUGGGCCAAACCAUUUACAUCUAAAGUGAAACAGAUGCGACUACAUAAAGAAGAUUUUGAAAUCCUAAAGGUGAUUGGUCGAGGAGCCUUUGGUGAGGUUGCAGUAGUAAAACUGAAGAAUGCAGAUAAGGUUUUUGCCAUGAAGAUACUUAAUAAGUGGGAGAUGCUGAAGAGAGCUGAAACAGCAUGUUUUCGAGAAGAGAGAGAUGUGUUAGUGAAUGGAGAUAACCAGUGGAUCACAACGUUACAUUACGCGUUCCAGGAUGAAAACUAUUUAUACCUGGUUAUGGAUUAUUACGUUGGAGGAGACCUGCUUACAUUGCUCAGCAAGUUUGAGGACAGAUUACCUGAAGAUAUGGCUCGUUUUUAUUUGGCUGAAAUGGUGAUAGCCAUUGAUUCUGUGCAUCAGUUGCAUUAUGUCCACAGGGAUAUUAAACCAGACAACAUCUUGAUGGAUAUGAAUGGCCAUAUUCGAUUAGCAGAUUUUGGUUCUUGUCUGAAACUGAUGGAAGAUGGAACGGUUCAAUCUUCAGUAGCUGUUGGGACGCCAGACUACAUCUCUCCAGAAAUCUUGCAGGCCAUGGAAGAUGGAAAAGGGAAGUAUGGGCCUGAGUGUGACUGGUGGUCCCUAGGCGUUUGCAUGUAUGAAAUGCUUUAUGGAGAAACACCCUUUUAUGCUGAGUCCUUGGUGGAGACCUAUGGGAAAAUAAUGAACCACAAAGAGAGGUUCCAGUUUCCUGCUCAAGUGACAGAUGUCUCUGAAAGUGCAAAGGACCUCAUCCGAAGGCUAAUUUGCAGCAGAGAGCAUCGACUUGGACAGAAUGGGAUAGAAGACUUUAAGAACCAUCCAUUUUUUGCUGGGAUUGACUGGGACAACAUUAGAAACUGUGAUGCACCUUACAUCCCAGAAGUCAGCAGCCCCACAGAUACAUCGAAUUUUGACGUGGAUGAUGAUUGCUUAAAAAAUUCUGAGACGAUGCCUCCACCAUCACACACUGCGUUUUCUGGCCAUCAUUUACCAUUUGUAGGUUUCACAUAUACAAGUAGCUGUGUGCUUUCAGACCGCAGCUGUCUAAGACUGACAGCUGGACCACCCUCCAUGGAUCUUGAUGCCAACAUUCAAAGAACUUUGGAGGACAGUUUAGCAACAGAAGCUUACGAGAGGAGAAUAAGACGCCUAGAGCAGGAAAAGCUUGAACUCAGUAGAAAACUGCAAGAGUCCACUCAGACAGUCCAGGCUCUUCAGUAUUCAACAGUGGAUGGCCCAAUUGCAGCAAGCAAAGAUAUAGAAAUUAAAAGCUUGAAAGAAGAAAUUGAAAAGUUGAAGAAACAGGUAACAGAUUCUGGUCAUCUAGAACAGCAACUAGAAGAGGCCAGCACUGCAAGGCGGGAGUUGGACGAUGCUUCCAGACAAAUAAAGGCUUUUGAGAAACAGGUUAGAACGCUGAAGCAAGAGAGGGAAGAUCUUAAUAAGGAACUGGCAGAGUCUAGUGACAGAUUAAAAUCUCAAGCCAAAGAGCUGAAAGAUGCACACAGCCAGCGGAAAUUGGCAAUGCAGGAGUUCUCAGAGAUGAACGAGCGGCUGACAGACUUGCACUCUCAAAAACAAAAGCUUGCCCGCCAGCUCCGAGAUAAGGAAGAAGAAAUGGAAGUGGUGAUGCAAAAAGUAGAAAGUUUAAGGCAAGAGUUACGCAGAACAGAGAGACUUAAGAAAGAACUGGAAGUCCAAGCUGAAGCUGCGGCUGCUGAGGCAUCCAAAGACAGGAAAUUGCGAGAGCGGAGCGAGCAGUACUCCAAGCAGUUGGAAAGCGAAGUAGAAGGGCUAAAGCAAAAACAGAUUGGUCGCUCUCCUGGGGUAAGCAGUAUAGAACACCAGCAAGAGAUCACUAAAUUAAAGGCAGACUUGGAAAAGAAAAGUGUUUUCUAUGAAGAGGAACUAUCUAAACGUGAAAUAAUGCAUGCUAAUGAAAUAAAAAGUCUGAAGAAGGAACUACGGGAUGCAGAGAGCCAGCAGCUUGCACUUAAGAAGGAGAUCAUGAUUUUGAAAGACAAGUUAGAGAAAACCAGAAGAGAGAACCAAAGUGAAAGAGAGGAAUUUGAAACAGAGUUCAAGCAGAAAUAUGAACGGGAAAAGAUUCUGCUAACAGAGGAAAACAAGAAACUUUCCAAUGAACUUGAUAAGCUCACCGCCAUGUUUGAGAGGCUGAGUAUGAAUAACCGGCAGCUGGAAGAAGAAAUGAGAGACCUAGCUGAUAAAAAGGAGUCUGUGGCCCACUGGGAGGCCCAAAUUACUGAGAUCAUCCAAUGGGUAAGUGAUGAAAAAGAUGCUCGAGGUUAUCUUCAAGCCUUGGCCUCUAAAAUGACAGAAGAACUAGAGGCCCUGAGGAACUCCAGCUUGGGUGCAAGAGCUACAGACAUGCCCUGGAAGAUGCGCCGUUUUGCAAAGCUAGAUAUGUCUGCAAGGUUGGAACUGCAGUCAGCUCUUGAUGCUGAAAUCCGAGCCAAACAGGCUAUUCAAGAUGAGUUGAAUAAAGUCAAAGCUUCCUGUAUCUCUACAGAGUGUAAAUUACAAGAAUCUGAGAAGAAGAACUUGGAACUGUUGUCCGAUAUUGAAAGGCUGAAGAAGGAGACGGAAGAACUUAGAUCAGAAAAGGGUGUAAAGCACCAAGACUCACAGAAUUCUUUCUUGGCAUUUUUGAAUGCGCCUACCUCUGCUCUGGAUCAAUUUGAAAUUGAUUCAGUUGAGAACUUCACAUUAUCCAAUACGCCAUCACGGGAUGAAGAUAGCAAGUCUCACCUCCAUUCAAGAUCAAGGUCUCCUUCUACAGCUAGUGAAAUUGAACCAAUCGAGGUUACAGAUCAUCCUCCUCGGUCAAUUCACACACCAACCAUGCGGACAGCGUAUAUUGGAUCGGGACUCUCUGCACCAAAGCCUAAAGCCCACCAGUUUGUAGUGAAAUCGUUUAAUACUCCAACAAAAUGCAAUCAAUGCACAUCUCUGAUGGUUGGUUUAAUAAGACAGGGCUGCACUUGUGAAGUGUGUGGAUUCUCCUGCCAUGUGACCUGUGCAGACAAGGCCCCUGCAGUGUGUCCAAUCCCUCCUGAACAGACUAAGGGCCCUUUGGGAAUAGAUCCUCAGAAAGGUAUAGGAACAGCUUACGAAGGACAUGUCCGAGUACCAAAACCAGCUGGUGUAAAGAAAGGUUGGCAGAGAGCGCUGGCAGUAAUCUGUGAUUUUAAACUCUUCCUGUAUGACAUAGCAGAAGGAAAAGCAUCCCAGCCAAGUGUGGUAGUGAGUCAGGUCAUAGACAUGAGGGAUGAAGAAUUCUCAGUGAGUUCUGUCUUGGCUUCGGAUGUCAUCCAUGCAAAUCGAAAAGAUAUCCCCUGUAUCUUUAGAGUCACAGCUUCCCAACUCUCUGCAACCAGUAAUAAGUGUUCAAUCCUGAUUCUAACAGACGGUGAGAAUGAAAAAAGCAAGUGGGUAGGAGUGCUGAAUGAAUUGCAUAGAAUCUUGAAGAAGAACAAACUCAAAGACCGCUCAGUCUAUGUUCCCAAAGAAGCUUAUGACAGCACCUUACCCCUCAUCAAAACAACACAGUCAGCAGCAAUCAUAGAUCAUGAAAGAAUAGCACUGGGGAAUGAAGAAGGGUUAUUUGUUGUGCAUGUCACCAAAGACGAGAUAAUCCGUGUUGGUGAUAAUAAGAAGGUUCAUCAGAUUGAGCUUAUCCCAAGCGAACAGCUCAUUGCAGUAAUCUCAGGACGAAACCGUCACGUGCGACUUUUCCCUAUGACAGCCCUGGAUGGAAGGGAGACUGAGUUUUAUAAGCUGGCAGAAACAAAGGGCUGCCAGUCAAUAGUUUCUGGACAUGUGCGCCAUGGAGCCCUUACAUGCCUGUGUGUAGCUAUGAAAAGGCAGGUCCUCUGUUAUGAACUAAAUCAGAGUAAGACGCGUCACAAAAAGAUCAAGGAGAUCCAAGUCCAGGGGAACGUCCAGUGGAUGUCGGUCUUCAGUGAGCGACUUUGUGUGGGCUACCAGUCAGGUUUCUUAAAACAUCCCCUUCAUGGAGAAGGCAGCCCACACAGUCUGCUCCAUCCAGAUGACCACACGCUAUCAUUUAUCUCACAGCAGCCAACUGAUGCCAUCUGUGCAGUCGAAAUCUCAAAUAAAGAAUACCUGCUGUGUUUUAGCAGCGUAGGGGUUUACGUUGACUGCCAGGGCCGAAGAUCGAGACAACAAGAAUUGAUGUGGCCUGCAACUCCAUCAUCUUGCUGUUACAAUGCACCAUACCUCUCUGUGUAUAGUGAAAAUGCAAUUGAUAUCUUUGAUGUGAACUCCAUGGAGUGGAUUCAGACUAUUCCUCUCAAAAAGGUACGACCCUUGAAUACAGAAGGAUCACUCAACCUUUUAGGUUUGGAGACGGUUAGAUUAAUAUAUUUCAAAAACAAAAUGGCAGAGGGUGAUGAACUGGUGGUUCCUGAAACAUCAGAUAACAGCCGGAAGCAAAUGGUUCGAAACAUCAACAACAAGCGCCGCUAUUCAUUCAGAGUACCAGAAGAGGAGAGGAUGCAGCAGAGGAGGGAGAUGCUACGCGAUCCAGAAAUGAGAAAUAAAUUAAUUUCUAACCCAACUAAUUUUAACCACAUAGCACAUAUGGGUCCUGGAGAUGGUAUACAGAUUCUCAAAGACCUUCCAAUGCAGCGUUCCCCUUAUCAAUUCCCUCAUCAUCACUCCCGUCUGAUCUCCUCUCCGAGCAACUUUGAACACAUCUACCACAUGACUGUUAAUUCAGCUGAAAAAUUCCUCUCUUACGAUUCCAUAAACACUGCAUUUUCCCCGCCUCCGUGCUCUGCCCUGGGUACUCCAAACUUUAUGACUCAGAGGAAUCUUCGGCCUCAGGAAAGUCGGACCGUAUUCAGUGGCUCUGUCAGUAUCCCAUCGAUCACGAAAUCCCGCACAGAACCAGGACGAUCGAUGAGCGCAAGCAGUGGGUUAGCAGCAAGAUCAUCUGCACAAAAUGGCAGUGCAUUGCGGAGGGAAUUCUCAGGAGGUAGCUAUGGAGCAAAGCGUCAGCCUAUGGCAUCGCCCUCAGAUGGUUCCUUAUCCUCUGGUGGCCUGGACCAAGGCAGUGAUGCACCAACAAGGGACUAUGAGCGAGAGGACUCCGACUCGCCGAGACACUCCACUGCGUCGAACAGCUCCAACCUCAGCAGCCCUCCCAGCCCUGUUUCUCCUCACAAGACCAAGAGCCUCUCCCUGGAGAGCUCUGACCACGUGAGUUGGGACUCAUGAACUGCUUCAUCAUUCAGAUUUGACACUACAGCAGCUUGCUGUCCCCUUCACUUGCUCCAUCCUAACACCUUCACCAUCCUAACCCUCCUCAUUCCCCGCCCGAAAGUCAACUGGGAGCCGGGUAGAGAGGAAGGUAGAAGCUGGUUGUCUGCAGCACUGCCUCACCCUCCCUUUCCCAGAUUUGACAGCAGCGAAUGAGUAAAGCUAGGGUGUUGGUAAAUAUCAGAUGCUGUAGAUUUGUCUUAGUGUUGGUUUCAUCUUUUGCGAUUACAGCUGCUUUCAUUUUCAAAGACAUAUAUUUAUCCUACCCCACAAUUCCCUCAAAAGUAACUUAAAUAGACCAGACCAGUAUCGGCAAGAGAAAAUUUAGAGGGAUUUUUUUUUUCGUACAAUAGCUCAUUGUACUGUACAGAAGCAGCACAGAGACCCCUUCCCCUGCAUGGGGAAUGAUUGGUAUGUCAGAGGCACAUAAAAGCUUUCAGCCACCAUGUUUGAAUGUCUAUCUGAUUGUUGCCAGCAAAUACUUAUUGAUUAAGAUGAUGCAUAUUUUACUACACUACAGAGUUUAAAUAAAUACACAGAUGUUAGAGUAAAAUAUGUAUGUAUAUAUUAAAAAAGGAAAAAAAAAAAAGAAAAAAAAAAAGCAUUGUGUAUGCAGCAGAAGAUGGAUGCUUAUUUAAGAGAGCCUUUAAUUUAAGAUUUGUGUUGUCCCUGUUUUCAUACUCAAUGAUAUCCAGAUUUGGAGGCCUAGCCUAAAACCUUUCACAGGACAGAUAUUCCGUUCGCAUAUCAUUUGCUGCACUGCUGGGAGAAGCCCCUGCAGUACUUUCCCAACGUUUCUUUAUUUCUGGCAGUAGCAUCUGAGGCUAUAAUUCCUAAGCUCAUGUUAAUCCCGUCCUUUGCAAAAACGACAGUGGUUGGAAAGCGACCCCCUGCCCCAACACCCGAGGGCACCCAUCAGCCAGCUGGCCAUGCUGGGUGCUGGUGUGUGGCUGUGCAGCUGCGAAACCUGCAGUGGAGGUCCUUACAGAAGCAAGGGAGCUCAGUGCCACAGGAUUCAGCAGGAAAACUGUUUCCCUGGGUCAGACUUUGACCGGGCUUCACUAGGAAGGGAGCAGUCUUCCACAUGUCUUUCAUCAUCCCUUAACAGAAACCUGUUGUUACCAAAUAAUAGUUUAUAAUACACAUCAGCCAAAUGAGUGCUCUUACUCUGAAGCUAGCUGCUGCUGGCUGUGCUGUCACUGUAGCAACGACAAACCUUGAAGACUGACCUCACACUGUUCACACUGUGGCCGUCACAGAUGCCUGGUCACCCACAACUGCCGUGCGGGUAAGGUUGGUUUUCCUCUCCCUCCCAACCCGUGCUGUGGGUCUGUGCAAUUUGCAGUUGUUUCUUUGUGCUCACCUGCUGUUCGGUUCCAGUCGCAGGCCAGGAAGAUAGAAAGUAUUGCAGUGGAUGACAGAGGCCAGUGAGGUUGCAGAAAUAAGUACAAAGCUGAAGCUGGUCGUGCAGUCACCGGAAUAAAUUGAGAAACUGACGUACAAAGGGAUGGUAAGAGGAAGAUCUCUCUCUCUCGUUAGGUAGCAAGGCAGAUGUGUUUUUCAUUUAGGAGUGUUCAGAUGAGCCUCUUUUCUCAGUAGUAUUGUUGCUGGCAUUAUACUAUGACCAUACUCAAACAUGUAAGGGCUUUUUGUAUUUAGAAUACUGUUUUUUGUGGGUUUCAGAAACUUGCUAUGGCUCUUAAACCAUUCCAUAUUCUUGCAGUUAGCAGUAAUAUUGUGUUUCAACCGCAUAGAAAUGUUUGGAGUUUUCCAGUUUCUGUCUUCUGUAAUGGAAGUUAUAGGUAAGUUCAGACUGUGUACAGGUAUGAGCUAAGUGUGGAACAGGGGAUGAGACACAGAGAUCAUCGCCUGCACCAUUUUAUCCUGCUGGAUCUCCUCAGUAAGAUUUCUUUUUCACCCUGAAACACAGCUUGUCCAAGCUUAUCAGUGUUACAUUAGGACAGGAAUUCAACAUUGUUUUAAACAUUGUUUCAAAACCUGUCUCUCUCCAGUUUGGGUUUUUUGGAGUAGCAAAACGGUAGUGGUGGUUUGUUUUCACUUCAAAGCUACUAGUGUUGCAAGCCCGGCAUUUAAUACUAAAGGCCUUAGCCAGCAGAUUAGCACUUGCAAUCAAUUCCUUCUAGAACUGAUUUUCAUCUUUGUGAGGGACAGAGAAGCAGGGCAUUAUUGGCAUCACUAGAACUCCACAUCAGCUUCUUUCUACAGGCUGCCUAUUGCUUCCAGUAUAGCCACUGCUUUUCCCCACAAUUCCCUCCUUUUGGUGAAGCAUGUCCACACACUUCUCGAAGCCUUUGCAGACUAGUUUUGUAUUUACUGUAUCUUGUAUUUAAACAUUAAUCUUAUUUUGAUAUCGAGAGAAGGCAUUUAAACAAUAGUCACGUAAGGUAGAGCCGCCUGUGCAACACGUCCCCUGAGAGAGGGUCACCACAUCGUCCUUGUGGGCGUUUCUGUAGCUGAGUUCAUGCUCUGUCUGAAAAUGGAGCCCACAGAGCCAUGACACAGCAAACAAAAUGACCAAAUAUGCCCGUUUACUGUGUCCUGGUGCCUGCAAUCUACUGCUACUCCAACCCGCUGCAAACAGGCAUUUUCAGGCAGAGCAGAGGGCAGCUGUGUGACACAACACUCCACAGGAGGAGAGCUCCACAGGGCUGCACUGUUUGUGCACCACAGUUUCUAAGCCUGGGCAUUUUCCUUUAGGAUUACUAUAUUUAAUCGGUAGGUUGGUACUGUGCAUUUUGUUACGCAUCUGUUAAAAAGAGAAGCAGCAACUGUUCUCUCAGUUGAAAAGCAAAUGACCACAUCACUUAUUGGUAAAGAGAAAUGUCAUCUUGGGACUUGAAUAGCUUUUAUGUAUUUGGGGACCAUUUGAUUAUACAUUCGAUUUUAAACCAUGCUCAUCUUUUUUGUUGGCACAAACACUGAAAACAAAAGCGUUCUGUAGCUGAGCUUUACGCAUUGGGCUGGGGCAAGCAGCUCGGUCAUUUGAACUGUAGGACUUUUGCCUGGUAUCUCAAUGACAGUUGUCUUUUAAGGUUUGAUGUCUGCUGCUUUGCACUGUAGCAUUGUUUCACCUCCACAGUUUGAGGGCUGUAACUUGUCUGGGGAGCUUGAAACCUCCCCUUCAGUCUGUGACUGUAGCAUAUGUUCUGUGUACACAGUUAUGUGUCUAGCUGAUUUUUUCCUUUUGGCUGAGACUGAAGGUAUCUUGCAUUUAUGACACAAACAUAUGGGCUAUUGGUUUUUUGCUUUUUAUUGUUAAUUUUGCAGGCAACAAAGGAUGUGAAGAUUCAGGCAGCUACUAAGGACUCCAGGUUAGAGAAUGCAAAGGUUUGGUCAGUAGGUUUCCCCUGUGCGUGCAUGGACACAGACAUGUGCUUUCCUUCCACAUAUCCUACACCCAAAAGCAGGGUUGGAGUACACUCUGCUCCGUUCUAUCUGGCCUGUAGUAAACAGCCGGUGGCUCCGAAACCCAUCCAUGUAGCUGUGGAAGUGGCUGCUUUUCCUCUCUGUUAGCUUCUGCAGCUUGUUAGGAAUGCACGUUUUGCUCAUCUUAGCGAGUUUCAUAACUUGCUGUGCCUGAUUUGGUUCUGAUAAACUGAACAGCCACCUGUGUUAGUCUCAGGUAUGCAGCAGAGGGAAGUAAAGGGUCUUGUCGUAACAAAGAAGUCCCCAGAGCAUCGUGUUCUUUCUCAUUCCGUUUUAUGCACUUCGUUUAGUUUUAUGCAAAUACAUUGAAGGUCAAAUCUAUCACAGUGCAACUACCCCUACCUCCUUAGCCUGGGAAUCAAAGUGGCACAUGUAGCUUCAGCUGUGGGUUUGGGUUUUUCUUUUUACAUAGGAGUCAGUUGCUCAAAGGUAGUGGGAUGGUUUUCUGCACUAGCACCAAAGCACGCAGAAGGGCGCAGGUGUGUUCAGGCUGUGUUUGGCAGGUGCCCUCAGAAGCAGGCCUAUGGAUGUUCCAUGCUAAAUUCCAACUCUGCUUUGUCUUUCUUUCCAGCCGCAGCUUUGUGUAACCUGUUUUCACUUUGCGUUUAAGAAAGUCUCAUCCACAGGGAAGAAAUCCACAAACAAACCAGUGUUGGUAAUUCAGAGCAAUUAUACCUGCCUUUUUAUGUAUGACAGUUUCAUAUCAUUUAUUUUUAAAAUAUGGGAUUUUUUAGGUUUUUCAUUGUAAUAUUAUUGUACAGUUUUGCAUGGCAUAGAUGUAAUCACUUUUUUGUUUUAGAUUAUAAAAGCUGACAAGUGUGCGUGUGGGGGAAAGAUUCUGCUUUUUGCCUCUUCUCACUAUUUUGUUUAAUGCCCUCAGUGUUGUAGGGGACAUUGUAAGAGAUUCUCUGCUACAGAACAAUGAUGUAGAUUCUUUUGCACAGAAAUAUUUAAGGUGGAAAAGUCAACAAUGUAAAAAUGACUCACCACCAAUAUUUUAUGUUGGUAACACUUAAUAUUAACCUACUUUGAUGUACUGCAAUAAAACAGGGAACUGUUAGAAAUGAA